AAUUCUUUAAAAUAAUCAUACACUCAACCAUAGUUGUUGAGAUGCUUAAGAGUAUUUACAUGUUUUCCCGUCACAAUUCCGGAUGCUUCCAGAAACUUAUUAGUUCAAUCUGUAAUAAAACCCUAAAUCCCUAAAAAGCCGAUUCUAACAUUCAACCCCAGAAAAUCUCCUAUCUCUGGCCCUUUUACUCCUAAAUUUCGACCUCUCUGCAUCUCAAAUUUCAGUGCAGAUCAUGGGCAUAAUAAAAAGCAGUUUUUCGUUCAUCGUAGGAACAGUUUGCGGGGUUUACGUUGCCCAAAAUUAUAACGUUCCGAACAUCAAAAAGCUGGCCGAUACCGCCCUCUUCAUGGUCAAGCAUGUCGAAGAGAAGUACCGUAAGCCCAAGAACAGGGACGACGAUUAGCUCCACUGUACGAUUCACUUUUCUGAAACUGGCAGAGUCAGCAGGUUCUAUUUUAUUUUAUUUUUCUCUUCAGGGAAACAAAAAGGAAUUAUUUUGUCGGAUCAAAUACCAUAUUGCGAUUCUGUACAUGGGGAAAAGAGGGGAUAAAUUAGUGACAAAUUUGGUGCAUAAUGAUAACUUAGUGCUCUUUCAUUCAAUUGGAGACGCCUAAACUUACAUAUAUAUUUUUUAAAGCGUUACGUUGUUCUUUUUGGCUUUUGGAAUCUUAUGUUCAUUGUGAUUCUGGGACUAUGUUGAAUUUGGGUUUUUUCUUUCUUGAGGGAAUGAAUGCAACACCGCUAAAAAAACCCCUCGAACCUACCCUUAUUUGAUCGUGCGUUUGUUCUUUUCACAUAUUGAAAAAUCAAAAUGUUCCAUUAA